UGGCGCCGCGGGUACGAGGCUAGAGUUUAUUUACUUUGAGUUCGAUUACGUAGAGUGCAUGCACGUUAUCAAGUUAGGAUAGGUGAACCAUGAUGGGGGAUCCGGGAAGGAGUAACACAGCGUCUCUAUGAUUUCUCGCAGAAUUCCUGUAUGGAGUGGAACACUAAUGGCUGAUUACAUUUCAGUGUAGAACAAGGGUACAGUACCAACUGUAGUCUGUCAUCAGAUGCACUGAGUUAGUGUACACUGCUAGGAACACAUCUUCAAGCCACAUCCAACUAUGGCCCGUAUUUCUCUGAAGAAGGGAUUGACGCUGGCAAUAGCCUUUGCUGUGGUGUAUAUCUUGGGUCUAAAGUCAUGUUGGCUGAAGAAUAAAGGAUUGAUUGAAAAGAGACAGAUGUCAGAUUUAAGUAAUGAUGAAGAAAUAGAAGCUGGUUUUCCAGUUGCGGACACAAAUCUGAAGGAUGAACAGGCAUGGUUGAAAAAGAUGGACGAAAAACACGAAACCCGCAUUAAUGCUCUUCGCAGAGCAUGUUCAGAUCAUUACAACAUGUCGUUAGAGAGUGUGACUUCACUGGCGACUCAGCCAGGCAGACUACGGCCCCUGAUCGUAAAUGACGAACACCAGUUUAUCUACAGCAUCGUCUACAAAGUGGGUUCCACUAAUUGGGAACGAUUGCUGGUUGAAGACCUUGGUGGUUACAAGAACGUGCCCAAUCAGAAGUUGUAUAGCCAUAAAGCUAUUCACUGGAUGCCUAGGUUCAAUUCGACAGAUAUUCAGCAGCGUCUGUCUAAAUACACAAUCUUUAUGUUUGUUAGGAAUCCCCUAGCCCGAAUUCUGUCUGCGUACAGAGAUAAGUUUGUCAACCACCACAACAGCGUUUUCUCGAAAAUGGGCCGAAGCAUCGUCGAAAAUUACCGCGAGAAGUCUGACGGCUCGCCGGCCACGGGAAACGUGACCCUGACCGAAUUUGUGAGGUACCUGGUGGACUCGCCCGCGCAUCGGGCGAACCCUCACUGGAAACCGAUAUUUGGUCAGAACCUUCCGUGUCAGAUAAGAUACGACAUCGUUGGCAAGCUGGAGGAAGCUGCCGACGACAUCCCCUAUGUGCUGAGGCGGCUCCGGAUCGAUCAACUAGUCAGCUACGCACAGGGACAGAAGAAAAGCACCUCGGAAAAAGAUUUGUUACGGAAACACUUUUCACAGGUGCCAAACGACCUGCUCCAGAAGCUGUGUUUGAUAUACCGGGCGGAUUUUAUUUUGUUUGGUUAUGACAUUCCUGAAAGAAAUACAGAAGUAUGAACUGUUGUUUUUCUGACUGUGACCAAAGCUUCCUGAGGCGAUGUUCCCUGGGUCGCUUAAUGAAUUUACCAUAAGUCCCAUUGCGCAUUAGUCUUACUUAUAGGUCAGGUCCUUUGAAUUUUAACACGCAGCGGGUAUAUAUUGAGCCACAGCCGUUUUCCAAUACUCAACUUCGUCUCCGUCUCAGGCUUCGUCGCCGAAACCAAUUCCCAAUUGUGGACCCGAAUUAAGUUGAAGUACAGUGGUUAAAUCACAGCUUCUUGUGGUUAUCAGCCCACUAAGCAGUGUCCAUUUCACAUUCAUAUGCUCGCGUAUACACACAUAGGUGUUUUAGAAUAACCGCACAACUGGCGAUAUUACCUCCGAGUUUUCCCAGCCGCAUAGGCCUAUCCCACAUUCACUCCAUUUUGAAUGGUCCUUCCGAUUGUGAUUUAGAUGCAGAUACAUGUGUAUACAAAGCGAACGUACACAUGGUGAUAUAGGCAUGGGUGUCCAUUGUGUUGAGGGUAAGGGUGCUUCCCCCCUCCCCCCAAAUAAAAAAACUAAAAAAUAUAUAAAGAAAAACGGGUAAAAAUGAAAGGAGCGGAAGGGAAGGGGAUCAUGACCGGAUGAAAAUCCGCAAUGUACCCGGAAACAACUUGGAAUGUACCCUCUUCCCUACGGAGCCUAACGGUUUGCUAGUUCGCUGCUUUGCUCCUCUGAAAAAAAUCUUGGCAAUACCCUCGAGCGUAAGCUCUGUCUCCAAUCUCGUUUGACAAGUUCAAAUGCCUAGUAGAGCUGACGUCAUUUCAAAUUUAACUAAAUAGACUAAAAUUGUCAAACUUUCUUUUGUUUCUAAAAUGACCUAUUAGGCGUGUGUGCCUGAAAUGUCGACGUGAGUUUACUUGUCUGAUGCAACUACACGAAGUUGCAGGUGGAAACUUUCCGUCAGUUUUCUUGAUUCAUGAAUUUUCUUAUAAUAGACCUAUAUUGAUAGUUACAUUGGUUUAUUAAUUUCACUCGUACAUUUUCGAAAUGGCAGGAUAUUUGUAAAUUUUUACUGUUUGUACAUUUUGACAUUUGUAUUUGGUAGUCAUGGUAUUCAUUAUUUAUAUCUGUACGAGCGUUUAUACAGUAUAUCGUCAAAGUUAUGUGGAAAUUUCCAUUCCAGUAGAGAACUAGAAGUUGGUUAGAAUUCCAAGAAACGUAUGAAGUAACUAUAGGUAUACCGUAAGGUGCAAUAAUCACAGAUCGGACAUGUAAUUUUCUGAUUAAUAUAUAAGGCCCUCCUCCAUCUGAUAUGAUUACGUUGUAUUCAUGGCACGUAUAUGUGGUUUAUUUUGCGUUUUCAUGGUCUGCGUUUUUCAGGUCGUGUUGCAAGCAGGUAUCUACAUGUACCUGUACGUACUUGGCAUACGAAGAGUGUUGCAACAUUCCACUUUUUGAUCCAGUUUAUUAGCUUUAUCUUGUUUGAAAUUUAUGUACAAUGUAUUAAAUAUACCAACAACCGAGGUUUCUUGAAACACUAA